GUUGAACCUCUCCUUCCACCGUCGCAGAGUCCCAGGAUAGCAUAUUGCUGUCGUCCGAGUCGCUGAGCUCCCUCUCAGUUCCUAUCACGCUCAUUCCCCUUCAUUCGAGCAGCGCUCGCUCAUCUCGCCUUGCGCGACACCUCUCCAGGACUAUAACAGCACAUUGACCGACCACGGCAGGUCACCAAACACUCAUUUGAGAUUUAUACGAUACUCGAGACGUCGCAGCGACUAUCGGAGAGCGCCCAGGCGCAUUCAAAGAACCAAACUGCGGCUCCACGCACACACACAAGACUUGAUACGAUACCAUCGUCCAAGACAAUCCGAACCAAGAUGCGCUUCAGCUCGGCCAUCGCAGCAGUUGCGCUGUUGCUAGCACCAGCAGCUCUUGCUGAUAUGCCUCCCGGAGACUGGUCGGGAGAGACCACCAUCACAAUCACAUCCUCUUUCUCCACCACCCUUACCAUUACCAAGUAUCUCACAUAUGUGAAUGCUUCUACCACCAGUUCCGGCUACCAUGUCACGCCUACAGGCUGGAACGUCACUUCUACUGCGCCCACGGCUGCAAGCACUAUCAACAAGCCAACGUUGACGGCUCCCGCUACUGCUACCCUCGGCAUUUCACCGCCUAUCGCUUCUGCAACUGGCGCGGCGAGCGCUCAUGAAAUCAACUUGGCCGUGGCCGCUCUGGCGGGUGCCGCUGCCGUCUUCUUGGGCUCGUUAUAACCACAGCCCUUUGACAUUGAAUCGACAUGCCGAGCAUGAUGCGGCAUCCAGUCGAUAUUGUUUCCUUUCCUUCCUCAUGUUUUGACUGAGUCAAUGUUUCACGUUGCGAGCACCAGUAUGCUCGUUUACACUUGUCUGGAUAACAACAACUUUCAUCUCUGAGAGAGUUUUUGAGGCACAUUGCGGAGGGGUGAUUGUCGGAAUCUUUGAUUGUACCGCAGCCGGUACUUUCACGAACUACACUACGCGUCAAAGUUGCAAAUUGGGAGAAUUACGCUAUCCACGCCCGGAGCGCAGAUGAGUCGGAGCACCAUCCGCCAUUGUACAGGACGGUGGUAUCAAGCAUGAGUGUUUGGGCAACGACGGCUCUUGCUGUUCGCACACCAGGUGGAUGAAGACCGGAAGGAAAAUGGUUCUUGGGAUAGGGGUCGCGAUAGGGG